GAUGUAGAUUCACAACAUUCACUGUUCACAAUAUUUUUAAUUCAUUUUUAACUGUGGCUGACAAAAUAAGAAAUAACUUGAAGUUUUGAUUACAAGAUUUAAUUGAUGAAAGUUUUCAUUUUUAUAUAAGUUUAUCAUGGAACAUCAUGUUGAGCAGAGGAGCCCAGCUUGGUUUGAACUUAAGAAAAAGGUUGCACUUACAGCAUCACAUUUUGGAGAUGCUCUUGGUCUAGGGAAAGGAAGAUCUUAUGACUUUUUGGUAUCCUUGGUUUCUGAUGAUGAUGUUUUCAAAAAAGAAAUAAAUGACAUUCAUACUCAGUAUGGAAAUAACAUGGAAGCUACAAUUUGUGAAGUUUAUGAACUACUAACAGGUGCAGAAACACGUCUGACUGGAUUUUGGACCACAAAAUCAGAACAUUUCUCAAAUAAUCCUGUGUUGGGAGCAUCCCCUGAUGCCAUUGUUUUAAAUACUGAUAGCUCUAACUAUCAGUUAUCUCAAGGAUGUCAAAAAAUGAUAGGUCUGGCAGAAUUUAAAGCCCCUGUGUAUCAAAUGUAUUGUGGGACUGAUUUACUGCAAGGUAUACCACGGCAUUAUAUGGCUCAAAUCCAGGGACAAAUGUUUGUUACUGGUGCUCCGUGGUGUGAUUUUUUAGCUGUUUGUGUGAAAACUAAGGAAAUACUGUUAAAAAGAGUUUAUUUUAGUCAACUGUAUUGGCAGAAAAUAUCAUUAGUUUUAACACAAUUCUGUGCAAUCUUGAAGGAAGCAAAACAAAGAAAGAAGCCACAUGUUCCAAUUAAUGUUACUUUAGACUUUCAAACUGCUAGAAAUCUUAAGUUUGUACCGCAAAGGAAAUCUCUAUUUACUGGUGAAGACCAAAUUAAAAUUGAGAAUCUCCUUCAAAUUGAACGAGAUACAAAAAACAUUAUAGGACCAUCGAAAAUAAAAUAUACAUUUGAGUUCUUGUUAGGAGAGGAAUAUGAAGUACCCGAAAACUUGAAUGAUUAUGCACAUAGUUUACUGCAAGAAAUUGAUUUACAAAUGAAAUCUGAAUCUUACAUCCCACAAGAGACAUCCUGA